CAAAAACAAAAAUAGAAAAGAAAAUAUAGAUUUAUGAAUCCAAAACCCUCGAAAAAUAUUUGCAAACACACGCGGCACCAUACCGUAACCGAAAUAGAGUUCUCAUCAGUAUCAUUUCCAAACGAUCUCUAACGUCAAGUGUGAAGGAAUAGAAGCAGUGAAUAGAAGCAGUGAAGAUGAGCAGCAAUAAGAGAACUGGGCCACCCAAACAUCAGAACAAGAUUGCUUGGAAACCUAACGCCGGUGUCAAGAUCAAUGAAACUGAGGUUGGAGGUAGAUUUAGACCUUUAUCUGAGAUAACUGGAGUUUGCCCUCGUUGUAAAGAACAAAUUGAUUGGAAACGACGUUAUGGAAAAUACAAGGCUCUUCUUGAACCUGCCAAAUGUCAAAGAUGUUCUAAGCGUGCUGUUCGUCAAGCUUACCAUAAUCUGUGUUUUGGUUGUGCUAAGGAGCAUGGUGUUUGCGCAAAGUGUUGUUGCCGUGUGGACCGUAUAGUUGGAAGGGACGUUUCAGAAGUUGAGGCUGAGCAAAAGAUGCUCGAGGAGGCCAUUAAGAACUCUCGGGAGAGAGAUAGGAGAUCCUUGUUGCGUGCUAUGAACAAAAGCAAAUCUAAGACUUCAAAAGAUACUCCGACCGAUACAAAUGAUAACAAAGUAGGACAAUUAUUUCCAAAUUCAUCCCUUGAAGAUUAUGCCAAAAAGAAUGGAGUUGUCGGGAAACAUGAUGAUAGUGAAAUUCGUGAUGGUAAACAUGAUAAUGAUGAAGAAAGUGAGGAGGAAGUUUAUGAUGACGAAGAUGAUAAUGAUAGUGCAAAUGAAGAUUGUGAUGAGGAUGACAACGACAACGAUGAGAACGUUCCUGAUCAAGUGAAUUCCAAAAGGGAAUGAUUAAGGGUAUUUGAGUGUCAUUUUUCACAGAAAUUACAUUGUAGGGAUAAUGGCUACUUCGCCGCUAAUUUUUGGCUUAUGAGAUUUUUGAUUUUCGGUGAAUUCUGUUGUUGAAUACAAAUUUUGGAUUCUGUUGUUGUAAGUCAAAAAGUAACCAAAAUAGAUAUCAUGUAUGUGUUGUCUGUUACACUUACUGAGUCAUGUAUGAAAUAUAUGUUCUUGUUUGGCUAUUAGUAGCUUUUGUUUCAGUGUU